CUCUACGUUGCUCCAUCACAGUAGGGGGCGGUAUUCAACUAUCAGCGCAACCCGACACAAAACCUGAAGAAGAAGAAGAAGAAGAAGAGACAGCAGCGAGCAAAGCAGGAAAAUAAAUCUAUACACGUGCACUGAUAACGAUGGAAGUAAAAGAGGAAGCUCAGGAACUGAAUGAAGUGGAGAAGAGACAACCAGAACGUAAUGAUGUCAUCGCUGAAGAAAAAUCUCACUUUAAUCAACAUGGAAAGAGUUCACCUUCACCAAAAGGACAACAUAGUGAUGACAUGAACAAUAAAGAGAGACGUCACACGUGCCAGGAGUGCGGUAAAAGUUUGAAAUACGCUAAAAACUUUUAUAUGCAUUUGAGAACUCACACAGGAGAGAUGUCGUUCAAAUGCCCACAUUGUACAAAGAGUUUUACACACGUGAGUAACUAUAAGAGACACGUGAAAACCCACACGAAAGAGAAACCAUACACCUGUCUUCAGUGUGGGAAGAGUUUUACACGAAAAGAGUCACUAAAGCUGCAUUUGAGAUCUCACACCGGAGAGAAACCUUACACCUGUCCUCAGUGUGAAAAGAGCUUUGCAGAGAAAGCGCUUCUUAAAAAUCACAUAACAAUUCACACCGGUGACAGACCUUUCAUUUGUCCUCAGUGUGGAAAAGGGUUUUUACGAAAAUUAAUUCUGGAAAAUCACUUGAGAACCCAUACUGGUGAGAAACCUUUCAUCUGUCCUCAAUGUGGAAAGAGUUUUAAAAAUAAAUCGCAUCUGAAGUGUCACAUAACAAUUCACACAGGCGUGAAGCCCUUCACCUGUCCUCAGUGUGAUAAACGUUUUACAGAGAAAGGGCUUCUUAAAAGUCACAUAACAAUGCACACCGGUGACAGACCUUUCACAUGUUCUCAGUGUGGAAAAGGUUUUCUACGAAAAUUAGGUCUGGAAAAUCACUUGAGGACUCAUACUGGAGAGAAACCUUUUACGUGUACUUUAUGCGAAAAGAGUUUCAAAACCGCAUCAUAUUUUAAAAUCCAUCAGCAGACUCAUUGUGAAGAAAACUCAUUCAACUGUGACGAGUGUGGGAAAACAUUCGGCUCAGCAUUUUUCUUAAAACGACACCAGAAAUAUCAUGUCAGUGAAAAGUCUUACACGUGUUCUGUUUGUGAAAAGAGUUUUGCACUGAAUGUAUAUUUGAAAAAACAUCAGAGAAUACAUGCUGAUGAGAAAACUCAUGUGUGCGCUGAGUGUGGGAAAAGUUUUUUGACUACUGAAACCUUGAGAAAGCACCAAAGAAUUCAUACUAGAGACAAACCAAUGAAAUGAUACAUGUAAGAAAUAGAUUUGUUGUAUUUGUGUGUGGGGGGGAUUGGACACAGUGGAGUGUGUUUAGAUAUUUCAGUGAUGCUGUUUUUUGUAGUUUCUAGUAUAGAAAUCCUAAUUCUGAGCACGGUAAUGAGUGUGAUACGGGUUUAUCUGUAUUUACCACAGCUGUGUUAGAAUCAAGAGUCUGAUGAAAUGAAAUCAAUGUCUGUUAAUUACUGAAAUAUUACUUUGAGCUUUUGUCCUUUACAUGGCUUAUACUUCUGUUAUGUGUUUCAUGUAUCACUCUGCUGUCUCUUCUCAUACCAACAUGCAGUUUUUGCCUGCAAAAUUGUUUAAUAAAAAGUUUCAAAUCAGUA